GUCAACAUUUUGAAAAUGUGUGCAGCGCAGUUUGGAGAGUUUGAUAUUAAUUUUAAUGAACCGCCCGCUAACAAUGUGUUAGAACUGAGUUUUCAAGUUCCGGUGAGCUCGGCAAGAGAGAGAAUCGCUUAAUUUGAAUAUUGAAAGCUUCUUUUUGCAUUUGCCAAAUGCUAUUUUGACAGUUCCAAAUUAACCUGCGAGCCCAACAGAUCGCGUCGCACUCGCUGCAGCCUUCAAGAUCAGCGCAUCGAGAUCAACGCCCCAGCCAGUCAGACACAUAUAUAUAUAUAUAGGGUAUAUAGAGUGCACGAUGUAUUCGCUUCAUCAGAGUCGGAGUCGCAUGUCUUCCAAGCUCCAGCUGCUGCUGCUCUCGCUGCUGCUGCUGCUGCCAAUGGGAAGCGCGAACCCUGCCGCGCCGGCUGACACCAUUUACUAUCGCAAUCAGCCGCCCGAUGCGGCCGGACACUAUGAUUUCGAGUUCCAGACCUCGAAUGGCAUCACCACAAAGGCGGCGGGCAACGAGAAUGGCGCCGUGGGCGUCGUACAGUAUGUAUCCUUGGAGGGUCUGCCCGUUACCUUCACCUAUGUGGCCGAUGCCAAUGGCUAUCAGCCCAGCGGCGACCAUGCCCCAAAGCAUCUGGGCCGCCAGCUGGAGUACAUACGCACGCAUCCGGCGGUGGAUGAGGCACAAUCGAGGAGUUUGUAAAGCUCACUAUGAGUUCUUGAAUGUUCAUGUUCAAAUAUAUGCGUGUAUAUAAAUAGCUAAAUUGUCAAUUAAAUGCCUGUCGACAUUUGGGCUAAGCAGCCAUUAUUUUUUAAUAUUUUUGUAACAGUACAAUUUAAAUG